GAUUCUGACAGAUAGUAAUUUGAUUUUUUAACCUCACUAUUCAAAUUAUCAAAAUAUCGUGGUUUUCAACCAUUAUAUCUUUAUAUUUAUAUUUUAGAAUUAUUUAGUUGACUUUCUAUUCAAUUCACAUAUAACGAAUAUGAAACCAAUUAUUCUUCACGGUCAUGAACGAUCUAUAACGCAAAUCAAAUAUAAUCGAGAAGGUGAUCUGUUAUUUUCAUCGGCUAAAGAUAACAAACCAAAUGUAUGGUUCUCUUUGAAUGGAGAACGUUUGGGAACAUUUAAUGGCCAUCAGGGUGCAGUAUGGUGUAUCGAUGUGGACUGGACAACAACAAAAUUUAUAUCUGGUGCUGGAGAUAACACUUGCAAACUUUGGGAUUGUGAAACAGGCAAAGAAACUGGAAAUAUUAAAACCAUGUCAUCUGUAAGAACAUGCAUGUUCAGUUAUUCUGCAAAUAUGGCAGUGUACUCAACAGAUAAAGCCAUGAAGCAACCCUGUGAAAUUUUUAUUAUUGAUGUAAGAACUAUUGAUAGUAGUUUCUCCCAACAACAGCCAAUAUUGAGAAUACCAAUAAGUGGGCCUCGUGUAUCGUCAAUUUUGUGGGAUAAUUUAGAUGAAAUGAUUAUUACUGGCCAUGAAAGUGGAGAAAUAAAUCAAUGGGAUUUAAAGACUGGUAAAAAAAUUAACAGCACAAAAGAACAUGAUAAUCUUAUAAAUGAUAUGCAGUUUAAUAAGGAUGGAACAAUGUUCAUUACAGCCUCCAAAGACCAUACCGCAAAACUUUUUGAUACUGAAACACUGGCACUUUUAAAAACUUUUAAAACAGAACGUCCAAUUAAUUCAGCUGCCAUCAGUCCAAUUGCAGAUCAUGUGGCUCUAGGUGGUGGUCAGGAAGCUAUGGAUGUUACAACGACCAGUACAAGGGCUGGUAAAUUUGACUCAAGAUUUUUUCAUUUAGUAUUUGAAGAAGAAUUUGCUCGUGUCAAAGGUCAUUUUGGCCCAAUUAACAGUGUUGCUUUUCAUCCUGAUGGAAAAUCUUAUUCUUCAGGUGGUGAGGAUGGCUAUGUUAGAGUUCACACUUUUGAUUCAUCAUAUUUUGAAUAUAACUUUGAUUAUUAAUAACUCGUAAAUAAACCCUAAAUUUCCCAUAUAAGUUUUAAAUAAAACUUUUUUUAUUU